CUGCUUCCAGUGUCGUAAAAGUUUGUUUAUCCAGCGAUGCCUUUAAGUUGUAGCUAUCUCUAGAGCCUUUGAAGUACCGUUCUUGUAUAUUAUGUUGCUUUCAAAGAGGUUAAUCUAGAUGUAAAUUUGCUGUAAAUGGUUAUCGGUUCUAUAUGCGAUCGGACUAGUUGUGGAGCUGUGCGGAUAUAAUGCUGCCGCGAUGGAGCGAGACGGACGGCUUGUUAGCUGAGUGACAGAGACAGUUAAAUCGGCGACGGAUGUCAUCUGUGACAGGACAAAAACCAUAUUCGGCAAGCUCCCCAGCUCCAUGUCUGUCUCGCAUGGUUUAAAAGGUGUUAGUUCCCGUUGUGAGUAUUCUGCCCUUGAUAUCUGAACUCAGCAAAGGGUAGAAACUGCUCGGUUUGUUAGCUAAAGUCUAACCCUCUCAUCAGCCCCCAACAAGAUGUGCAGUUUUGCUGCUGUUUGCAGAGCAAACUUAACACUUACUUAGCUGUUAGGUAGCUUACAUUAAGUCUGACGGAAGGGUGGAUUUCACAGCAGGUUGUAGUCUGUUUAUUUGCUAGCUAGCAUGGAGACUGACGACGAUGUGCCUCUCAUCUUAACCUGGGACGAAGCAAACAGUGGUCUGCUCAGCGAAGAGGGUGAAAGAGGAGACGAGAAUGGAGGAGGCAAUUAUGACAUAGUCAACAAUGCUGUGAUCUCAACGCCUGGGCCACAAAGCUACAGAUCCCAAAAUGUAUCCCUGCGACAAAGCUGGGAGAUGAACUACCAAGAGGCAGCCAUCUACCUGCAGGAAGGAGAGAACAAUGAUAAGUUCUUCACUCACCCUCGAAACCCAAAGGCACUGGCAGCAUACCUGUUUGCCCACAACCACCUAUUCUACAUGAUGGAGCUGUUGACAGGCCUGCUCCUGCUAAUGCUCUCACUGUGUGAGGCUCCUGCUGUACCGUCACUGCGCCUGGAUGUGUAUGUGCAUGCCACACUGGAGCUGCUGGCUUUGGUUAUGGUGGCAUUUGAGCUAUGCAUGAAACUCCGCUGGUUAGGCUUCCACACCUUCAUACGGCACAAGAGGACCAUGGUCAAGACGUGUGUGUUACUGGUACAGUUUGUGGAGGCCAUAGUGGUUCUGAUCCGACAAACCUCUCACAUGCGAGUGACCAGAGCGCUCAGACCAAUAUUCCUGGUGGACUGUAGAUACUGUGGGGCUGUGCGCAGAAACUUGCGUCAGAUCUUCCAAUCACUCCCACCUUUUAUUGACAUCCUUCUGCUGCUGCUUUUCUUCAUGGUUAUAUUUGCUAUUCUUGGCUUCUGCCUCUUUUCCACAAACACCUCUGACCCGUACUUCAGCACUCUGGAGAACAGCCUUGUCAGCCUGUUUGUGCUGCUGACUACAGCAAAUUUCCCUGAUGUGAUGCCGGCCUACUCCAAGAACCGCUGGUCCUGUGUUUUCUUCAUUGUAUACCUCUCCAUAGAGCUCUACUUCAUCAUGAACCUGCUUCUGGCAGUGGUGUUUGAUACAUUCAACGAUGUUGAGAAAAUGAAGUUUAAAUCUCUUCUGCUUCACAAACGGUCUGCUAUUGACCACGCCUUUCAGCUGUUAGUUAGCCGUCAGAGACCGAUGGGUGUGUCACUGAAACAGUUUGAUGGUCUAAUGCGUUUUUACAGACCAAGGAUGUCUGCAAGAGACCGCUUCCUCACCUAUAAAGCUCUUAAUACAUCAGGGGCUCCUAUGCUCAGCCUGCAGGACUUUUAUAAGUUCUAUGAGGUCACUGGCCUUAAAUGGAGGGCGCGCCGCAGUGGAGAACACUGGUUUGAUGAUCUUCCACAUACAGCCUUCCUCAUUUUCAAAGGCAUCAAUCUGCUCGUGAAGUCAAAGGCCUUCCAAUAUACCAUGUAUGUGGUGGCCAUCAAUGGUGUGUGGAUCCUUGUGGAGACGUACCAACUGAAUAGUGGAUUUUCCUGGUCCAGAUUUGUUCCCUGGAGUUACAUUGUUUUUCUGACCAUUUAUGGUGUAGAAGUGUUAUUGAAAAUAUCGGGUUUGGGGCCAGUGGCCUAUUUCAGCUCUGGGUGGAAUCUGUUUGACUUCUCUGUGACAGUGUUUGCCUUCUUAGGCCUGAUUGCUCUCGCCUUCAACAAGGCGCCGUUCUACUUUAUCGUAGUUCUCAGACCGCUUCAACUGCUCCGAUUAUUUAAGAUAAAGCAGAGGUAUCGUAAUGUUUUAGACACCAUGUUCGAGCUCUUCCGGAUGGCGAGUCUGGGAUUGACAUUAAUCAUCUUCUACUAUUCCUUUGCCAUUGUGGGAAUGGAGUUCUUUGCAGAUGUGGUUUAUCCCAACUGCUGCAACACGAGCACAGUGGCCGACUCCUACAGACUGAUCAACACCACACAAGGCAACAAAACAGUGCUGGAAGAGGGCUACUAUUAUCUCAAUAACUUCAACAAUAUUCUCAGUAGCUUUGUGACUCUGUUUGAAUUGACUGUGGUCAACAACUGGUACAUCACCAUGGUAAGAUCAAAAGGAGUAACGUCUAUGACGAGCCACUGGAGCCGUCUGUACUUCAUGACUUUUUAUAUAGUUACAAUGUGAGUGGUGAUGACAUCAUCGUGGCGUUCAUUUUUAGAUGCGUUUGUGUUCCGCAUGAACUACAGUCGCAAGAAUCGGGAGCCGCUGGAAAAUCCAGAGGAUGAGAAUGGGAUCGUGUUUGAAGUAGAGGUGAGUCGUGAUGGCGUUUUAACUGCUCUUGAGCUAUACAAACAGAUGUGCCCAGGAUCGUCUUCCCUCAGCUUGCAGGGAGUCUUACAAGCUAUGGACAGGGGUGGGCACUCAUCUCUAGUGUACUUAGCGAGGUCUAGGACGAAGAGCGACCUUAGCAUGAAAUGUUUGUAUUCUGUGUUUCUCAAGGUGUAUGCAGAAUAUUCAAGGGAAAACCUGCCUCAACACCAAAGCCUGGAGCGGGAUCCGGACAGUCCCAUACCUGUUUCGCCCUUUCCAGAGCCUCAGCACUCACAGACUGGACCUCACAGCAUUAACUAAUGCACAGUUUGCUAGGGAUACACGCAUUAUCAUUCCAUAUUUUAUUUUUUUUGUAGGGGUGGUGGGGGGUGGGGUGGUUAAGGCAAAGAAAGCAGCAACCACCAAGCCUGGACUUCCACAGUAUGUUGUGUGCAUAUACUGCUGUUGGCCUUUUGUGCCCUAUUGUAAAUCAUGUACCUAAACCUGAUGCCUUAGGUUAACAGCUCAUCUGAUCAGUAUUAACACUUCUAAGUUUCCAAAGACCAAAAUGCUAAACCACUACUUUUAGCUCAACUGAACAAAUUAGACAUUUUCCUUAACUAAUAUCUCAGCAGACCUAAAAUAUUUUACUUUUAUAAACUUCUUAUUCUGUAAUGUAUUUGAGUUAAUAAGGAAUUUGAAUAAACUGUAAAAACUUGUCAAA